UGCAUUUGGUUUUUUCGACCAUUGAAAUGGCGACAUCCACGGUUCGCGUACAAGUCCUUGGAGGCUACCGACGACUUCUUCGAGCGAGCCAGCAAACGUUCGGAGCUGACAAGCGCGCAGUCGUAGAGGCACGCAAGGCAGUUCGCGCCGCCUUCCUCGAGAACCGCGACGUACACGAUGGCCAUGCGCUGACAGGCCUGAUCAAAGGCAUCGAAGAAGCGGAAGCGAUGUUGUUGUACAACAUUGUGCAAGGCAAGGCGAAUGAAAAGGGUGUAUUUCAGGUCGAGCUCUCGGACCCACAGGCGAGCCGCAUUCGCAAGGACGAAGAACUCUCCGAGCUCACGCCCGACUCGGGCAAGACUCCAGUCGUGACAAAGUCGUGCCCCGACGGCGGAUGCCCUGCAUAGACGACAUAAUUCAAUCAAAUUCUACUACGAUAUCUGGUAC